CUUUCCCUCCUCUCGCAGCUAACUCCAGAGUCUGAGAGCCAGAAAUAACACAGGAGGAUUCCUCGAUUUUGUCAGCGCUUAUUUGCCACUUCCACGUCGCAUGUCUACGAAGCCCAUCACACACCAGGCCCAAAAAUGAAGAUUGAGCUUAACAACAAUGGUAGUAAUGGUCAAACUGCAUCUCAGCACGAUUCGAACUGCAUUGAUGUUGACAACUUGGAUUUCCAGUCUACUUUUAAUAUACUCAGUUUCCAAUUGAAGCGACAGAAGGUGUUGCUAAAUCUAUUGAAUUUCAACAGGUAUUAUCCUCAGAAUUCCAAAAAUCUAUCUCUUUUGGCCUCCUUGCUAAUAGGUCUCAGUGAUCGAAUUACUCAACCUCAAAAUGACAACAAUUCUUACAAUUUAUCCAUCGACAAAAUCUCAGACUUUUUAAUAAAUCUAUCUCUUUUCAUUGCUGCUACUCAACAAAAUAAAAUUGUCAGUUGGGACUCUCCUGCUAAAAAUUUCGAAUUGGCAUUUCUUUUUGCUCAGAUUAUUGAAUCAAUACUAAGAUUUUUGAACUGCUUGGGGAACGAUGAACUAAUUGACUCAAUAGACAUUUUUCCUGAAUGCAUAGACGAUGAAAAUGAUUCUCGAAACGACAUUUCAGUCACUGAAAGUUCUAUCGAUCAAAUCAUAAAUCGUGAUAACAAUUCUGCAAAUAACAAAACUGAACAUGAGUUUGAUAAUAAAAAUAAAAAAAUCCAAUCAAAAAAGAAAUCUAAAAAGGAAACCAAUGAUACUGUAAGUAUUACUACCCAUGAUACCAAAGAUAACGACUCAGCUGAUACUGAAACAAAUUCUAUCAGCAACGAAUCUCCGGUUUUCACAGAGUUUGCAAAAAUUAAUAAUUCUUUUGUCUCCAUAUACGAUCCCUCAUUUUACAAAAAUUGGCUUCCAAGUCAAUCCAUCUCCUCACUAGACUUGGAAAUAUAUUUCAACAUAAUAUCUUUAUCUAUUCUAUCAAUAUCAAAAUUAUUUGGCUCUCAAAAAGGUAUUUAUCAAAACCCUUUCUUAAUAUUGUUCAUUAGAUUAUGGAAAAAAUUUACAAAACUAUUAUUACUAUCCCUACAUAUCGAUCGAAAAAAUGAAAUCCUACAAAACACAACCAUCGGGACACCAAAAAUUAUUUAUUCAAUGGCAAGAGGUUGUUCUUCGGUUCGUUAUAUACUAUCUGCAAUUUUGAAUCAAAAUUUGGAUUUAAGAUUUCAUGAUUUAGUUCAUGAGUCUUUCAAUGCUUUCACUUUCCCAAUUGCAAGAAAAUUCAUAGAUGGCGGUUCUCUAAAAAUUGAGACAGAACUACUAUUAGACGCCCUACUAUCUCAUGGUUUUGAAUUUAAUAAAGUAUCUAAUUUAUUAUUAAACUUGGAUAAAGAUGAUCAAUAUGAUGUAGACCUUAAAUAUAUGUUUGAAUUUGAAGAUCAUCUAUAUAAUUAUACUGUUGAGAUUUCAGACGAUGAUGAUGAAGAUGAUGAUGACGAUGAUGAUGAUGACAAUAUUGAUGAAGACAAUCAUAUUAAUAACAAUGAUGAAGAAAAUAGUGAUUAUGAUUUUGAUACCAAUUAUCACAACGAAAAUAAUGAUAAUGAAGAGAAUUUUAGUGAUACCUUAGUAUACCAACAUUAUUUCAAUAAGUUUAUCAAUAACAAUAGAAAAGUUAUGAUCAAAAACGAAAUCACUAAUAAUCUUAAUAUCAAUGACAAUGAUGACAAUAACGAUAACAAUAUCACCAAUAAUGAAUUUGGUGCUCAAGACAAUCAAAAUAAUUAUUCUUCUGACCCAAUUGAUGAAAAUUCAAUUGAUGGAAAUUCAGAAGCUGAUUUAUCAGAUCCUCCAAAUAAUAACUAUAACAUUAUAAAUAACAACUUUAACAACGAAAAUAUAAAAAAUACUAAAAAUAUUAAUAACACUAACAACAAUGCUUUAAUUGGCCAAUAUUUUAAAUAUUCAAACAACUAUAUUCACUGUGACUGUGUUUUUGAAGACUCAGAUGAAUCAGAUGAAGAUCUUGAAAAAAUGGAAUUACUAGUAGUUCAUGACCUUGGUCCAGGUAAAGGCGAAAUUCAUCAGCAAAGUUUCACUUUUAAUAAACAAGAAAUUUUCAAUUCGGAUAGUAAUAUUUUUACCAAUAUUAAUAAAAUCAACAAUAAGAUCAGUAAAAAUUUUAAGGAUCAACAUAGUAAUAAGAAUACCAAAAUUAGCGAAAUUGAUAAUGAAAAACAUCUCAGUGAUAUCAACAAUACUGAACAGAAUAUUAAUACAGAUAAUUUUAAAAUGAAUAAAGAGAGUCAAAAAAUGUUUGAAAACUUACCCAAUAACUCCAAAAUGAUGAUAUUUAAUGCAUUGGAAAAAGAAAAGGAAGAAAUAAAAAAUAAAACUAGAUUAAACAAUACUAAUAGUAGUAAGCAGCAGGCUGUUUCUGAACUAGGUAUAACCAGGAAAUUGGAAACGAAAAAAAACCAAUUUAGUAAAACAAUUGAUUCUAAUAACAUAAAAACAUUGAAAUUAAGUUGUAUAAGCAAUACCACUAUAGAUAAUACCGCUUUUAAUAUAAUUAUGAGAAGCAAAAUUGAAUCAAUCAAUAAUAUAGUAAAAAAUAAUUUAAAAUUCUUUCCCGAAAAAAUGGAAGAAUCUGAUAAAAAUAUAAACAUUAACCUGGGCCAAAAACCUGAUGAUAUAUCCGACAAUAAUUUUAAAUUCAUUGCUAAAUUGAAUAAUGAAGAUGAAAUGGUUCUUGAUUUGUCUGGAGACCGGAGAGAUGUACCAAGAGGAAUGAAUAUUUUUUUCAAUCCUCUUAGAAACCUUGAUACCGCAAAUUGCAUGGCAUGGAAAGAAUUAUCCGAAGCUUUUGAUAAAAUGGCUCAAGAACCUGUAUCAGAUAAACUCGGUGAACAGGUUGUUAGCACUAUUGCUAGAUGCAUUAAACUAGAUCAUGAAAUGAAUGUAAAACGUUCCCUACUAUCCUUAAAGGAUAUGAUUGUGGAUUCAAAUAAAAUUGGUGAAAACGAUAUCAAUAAAGAUUCUCACUUAGGUAACAUACCCGGGCUAUGCCAUAUGGAAAACAAUCAUAAUUAUGGAGAAGAUGAUGAUAAUGAUGAUUACGAUGAUAAUCAAAUGGUGACAUUUGAAAAAAUUUAUGACAGAUGGUUUUAUGAUUCAAUUUUUGAACCUAUAUUAAGAUAUAAUCCAGAUAUUGCAUGUGCAAUGAUGGAUGAAAUGCUAAUGGCACAAGGUUAUCGUAGGCCUUUAAUUUGGUUUAUUUCUCAUUUAGAAAUUUCUCAAUCAUUAGUUAAUUACAUUCAUGAGUUGACCAUUCGGGAAAGAGGCAACUGGAAUGAUUAUAAGUAUGAUUAUGGAGAAUUGAAAAACAAAAAAUUGUUGUUUUCAAGAGAGGGACUCUUAGAGUUAUCAGACGUCGAAGUUAACAUGCUUUUACAUGAGUUUUUUUCUAAUGCUGGUGUAUAUUUGACCAAAGACUUUGAUAUUGAAAUUGAUGAAAGUUUUGAUACAAAUAGUGGGAAGCAUAACGAUAAACGUAUUAAUGGAAAAUUCAAUCCCAACAAUAGUAGUAAAGGCCAUAUCGAUGGACAAGUAGUUCAUGAAAAUAAUGCGGGAGAAAAUUACAAAAGUAUAACAAACUUUUUGGAUGCCAAAAGACUAGUAUCAAUUAUUUGUUUAAUGAUAAAAUCAUUAGCCGAUAAGAAAGUUAUUUCUUUAAAGGAUGAAGACUACCAAAUCGAAUUGCAGAUUUUGCUAAUCGAUUGGGUUGGAAUAUUGCCUGCAGCAAGAGAGUUAUAUUUUUAUAUGCGAAACAAUGGUAAAGACUCUUCCAAUAAAACAAAGACUGAAAGUGAUGAUGAUGAUGAUGAUGAUGCGUCUAAAAAUAGGGUUCAAUGCAGUUCAGAUCUUGUGUCUGAGUAUCAGGCUUUGCUUGAAGAAGAUGCAGUUGAUGAUGUGUCAAUUCCAUUGACACCAGAAGAAAACAAAAAGCUUGACGAAAUUACAAAUGAAUUGGUUAGACAGUUAGAAAAACGCGCUGUGGGUGGUAAUCGAGAGGUUUUGCAGAAUCUUCAUCAAUUUAAAAGAUUUCUUAAAGAGCGAAACGAAAAAAAAGCCAUUAUGGUUAUGUUGGACUAAAGGCUAAUAUACUAUAAGUUAGUUUACCAUUUGGUAAGAAGCAAAUUUACCAAAAACACCAGGACCUGCUUCAUGCUAAGAACUGUAGUUACUAUAAAUUUCCAAAACAUUGAUAUCUGUAUUCCAUUCACUUUUGGAGCA